CUCACUAUUAAGAUUUUUGAGCGAGAGACCCGCGAAAUUUCCAUUGAGAUUUCUGGAGAGGGUAAAACUCCUGGCAGAGAGAGAGAUUGUACAAGGUUAAAUGUCUGGUAAAUUCAGAGGCAGUGAGAAAAAAACCAGGAAACUAGAGAGAGAGAGAUUGUAGAAACUUGGUAAAUUCAGAGAGGCAGAGAGAGAAAAAACCAGUCAUUCAGAGGCAGAGGGAGAAAAAUCCAGGCAACUUGAGAGAGAGAGAGAGAGGCCCAUCUCUAACAAUGCUGCAAGCCAAACUCUUUCUCCACUUGGGUCUCUUCCUCCUCCUCUUUUGCACCAACCCCACUCCCUCAAAUUCAGCGGUUUGCAGCAUAGAUCUAGGUUCAGAAUGGAUGAAGGUUGCAGUCGUGAACCUAAAGCCUGGUCAAUCCCCAAUCUCCGUAGCCAUCAACGAGAUGUCAAAGCGAAAAUCGCCAGCUCUCGUAGCCUUCCACUCUGGUGAUCGCUUAGUGAGUGAAGAGGCCUCGGGCCUAAUUGCUCGAUACCCCAAUAAAGUUUUCGCUCACAUUCGCGAUUUUCUGGGUCGCCCAUUCAAAUUCGUUCAGGAAUUAAUGAACGCUAUGUAUCUUCCUUAUGAUAUUGUUGAAGAUCAUAGAGGAGCGGCAGCCAUUAGAAUCGAUGAUGGGGUCACUGUGUAUUCAGCUGAAGAAUUGUUGGCCAUGCUUUUGAAAUAUGGUGUUGGGUUAGCUGAGCUCAAUUCGAAAGCAUCGAUUAAGGAUGGGGUCAUAGCAGUGCCACCAUAUUUUGGGCAAGCUGAGAGGAAAGGUUUAUUACAGGCUGCUCAGCUCGCUGGGAUUAAUGUAUUAUCACUGAUUAAUGAGCAUUCGGGUGCUGCUCUACAAUAUGGGAUUGAUAAAGAUUUCUCAAAUGGGUCGAGACAUGUAGUGUUUUAUGACAUGGGGUCGAGCAGUACUUAUGCGGCUCUUGUGUAUUUCUCGGCUUACAAUACGAAGGAGUUUGGGAAGACAGUCUCAGUUAACCAGUUUCAGGUCAAAGAUGUAAGAUGGGUUCCUGACCUUGGUGGGCAAACUAUGGAGCAGCGAUUGAUGGAAUAUUUUGCUGAUGAGUUCAACAAGCAAGUUGGAAAUGGGAUUGAUAUAAGAAAAUCUCCCAAGGCCAUGGCUAAACUCAAGAAGCAGGUUAAACGCACCAAAGAAAUAUUAAGUGCCAACACUGCCGCUCCCAUAUCAGUCGAAUCCAUAUAUGACGAUCAUGAUUUCAGGAGCACAAUAACUCGUGAAAAGUUUGAAGAGCUUUGUGGUGACUUGUGGGAACGAGCCCUUUCACCUGUUAAAGAAGUUCUCAAGCAUUCAGGCUUGAACGUUGAUGAUAUAUAUGCAGUAGAGCUCAUAGGUGGAGCAACUCGUGUUCCGAAAGUGCAGGCAGUGCUUCAGGAGUUCCUUGGAAGGAAGGAUCUAGACAGGCAUCUUGAUGCUGAUGAAGCAAUAGUUCUAGGGGCAGCUCUUCAUGCUGCAAACUUAAGCGAUGGAAUUAAGCUUAACCGUAAGCUUGGAAUGAUCGAUGGAUCUACUUAUGGUCUGGUGGUUGAAUUGGAAGGACUGGGCCUUUUGCCAGAUGAACUUAAUAAACAACUAAUUGUACCAAGGAUGAAGAAAAUCCCCAGUAAAAUUUUCAGGUCUAUUAAGCAUGACAAAGACUUUGAAGUCUAUUUAAGUUAUGAUACUUCCGAUCCAUUACCACCAGGCAUAUCAUCUGAGAAGUUUGCUGACUACCAUGUUUCUGGUUUGACAGAGACAAGUGAAAAGUAUGCUUCUCGGAACCUCUCAUCUCCUAUAAAGGCAAAUCUUCACUUCUCUCUUAGCAGAAGUGGGGUGCUCUCUCUUGAUCGAGCUGAUGCUCUCGUUGAAGUUUCGGAAUGGGUAGAAGUUCCUGUGAAGAAUUUGACCAUGGAGAAUGCCACAGUAUCAACUCCGAAUGUAUCACUUGAAGUUGAAACAGGCUCUCAGAACAGUUCAGAAGGAGUCAAAGAAAAUUUGAGUACUGAGGGCAUAAACAAUGCUUCUAAUACAGAAGGGCCAAGUAAUACUGAAGCCGUUAUGGAAAAGAAACUGAAAAAGCGGACUUUUAGGGUUCCACUGAAGGUAAUUGACAGAACAUCAGGUCCUGGAGCAUCUCUUUCUAAUGAGCAUCUUUCAGAAGCAACUGGUGGAUUAGCGGCAUUGGACAAGAAAGAUGCAGACCGCAAGAGGACUGCUGAAUUGAAAAAUAACCUCGAAGGAUAUAUAUAUGCUACAAAAGAGAAGCUAGAUGCCACUGCAGACAUUGAGAAAAUCUCCACUGAGCAAGAGCGUCUAUCCUUCAAAGAAAAACUUGAUGAAGUGCAAGAAUGGCUCUACACUGAUGGCGAGGAUGCUCCUGCAAAUGAAUUCCAAGAAAGAUUGGACUCUCUAAAAUCUAUCGGAGGUCCGAUAUUCUUCAGGUUGACUGAGCUAAGUGCAAGACCUGCAGCAACUGAACUUGCUCGAGUAUACAUGGGCGAGCUCCCAAAGAUUAUAAGUGAGUGGGAGAAGAACAAAUCUUGGAUACCCAAAGAAAGAAUUGAUGAGGUUUUGGGUGAGGCGGACAAAAUCAAGAAGUGGUUGGAAGAGAAGGAGGCUCAACAAAAAGCGACACCUGCAAUCAAUGCGCCUGCAUUCAAUUCAGAAGAAGUCUAUGAGAAGGUUUCAAAACUUCAAGACAAGGUCGCAGCUGUCAAUAGAAUCCCCAAGCCAAAACCCAAGAUUGAUAAACCCCCAAAGAAGGAAACUGGUAGAGCAAAAGUGGAGGACAAGGAAGCAUCAAAUUCAACCCAAAAAGAAGAGAAGCCUUCUCAGUCGGAUUCUGAACCAACCCAAGAAACUGAAAAUUCAUCUCAAAACAAUGUAUCGGAUAUCGAUGCUGAUCCCCGUGACGAGUUAUGAGUGGGACCCGAUUUGCAACUUGGCGUGGAGGGGUGUCCUUGUGGUGAUGGGGCAUGGUAGCUUCUACAGCCAACAGUUUUGAUAGGCAGUAGGGCUUUGUAGUUGCGCCUAUUCCCUCAAGGAUGGGAAUGCGUUUCAUCUUGUCCUAGAGAUCUAAUUUUUUAAUCAUCUUUUUUAUGGAUAUGGCCUAUUAAAUAACCUCAAAGUUGUCUCUUGUAUUGCUGAUAUGAUGGGUUGUGAUGUACCCAUGUAAGGGAUUGGUUUAUCCCACAUUAUUCGGAGUUCAAUGUGAAUUACCCCACAGAGAUAGGGCUCUUUCUUGUUUA